GGUCUCCCGGAACUCGGAAACUCUAAACAGUAACCCCUCUCACAAGGGCGGCUUCAAGAACUCAAGGUCCUAUAUCAACCAGGAAGAACAGUUGUAGGGUUGAAGGGUUUGUCGUCUCUCCCAUCCGUCGACAAUGGCAAAAGCCCCCGAGAAUCCCAAACCCUCUACCAUCAUCUCCGCCGUUGCUCCUCCUCCUCGAACCCUAAACGUGCAGAAGUUCGCGGAAUCCCGAGCUGCCGAGCUCGAUUCGCUCCACUCCAUCAUCUCCACCCGACUGAACCACGACUUCCGGAUUCGCCGCGACAAGCGGAGGCGAACCACCGGCCACAGAGCCUCCACCAAGAAUCAUGGCCGCCCCAAGAGAAGGAAGCUGGGGUUCGAGGAUGGAAUCCUGCCCGAGGAUAAAGAGGUUCAGACGACCAAGAAGAUGUCCCGCAGGACUCGUCGGAGGAUGGAGUUCCGAAGCAAUCCGUCUUCCGGCUUUUGUACCGCGGGAGAUGGUACGAAGAGGUUGAGGACUCAUCUGUGGCAUGCUAAGCGGUUCACGAUGGUGAAGCGCUGGGGAUUUUACCUUCCUCUGGGGCUUCAUGGCAGAGGACGAGGUUCAAGGGCUGCAUUGAAAUGGUUCAAAUAUGGUGCACUCUUGCAUGAUGCUAGUUAUUGUCUUCCCAUCCAAAUAGAGGGUCCAGAGGACUCCAUAUUGGCUGUAUUGAGAAUGGUUUUGUUCCCAUCACCUUAUGUACCUUCAACUGCUCCAGAAAAACUAUCUAACCAGGUUGCACAUGGAGUUUGCUAUGGAAAAGCUAUGCUUUAUCAUAUUGAAGCUCCAGUUUCCAACUUGAUAUCUCCAGUUAUUUACAUGUGGCAACCCUUCCUAAGAGAUAUUGAUCAUGUUAGUGCUGAGAAAGAUGGAGUUUCCAAUAGCUCUGUCAGCACUUAUAAAGAUGAGUGUGGUUCGCCGAUUAGAAAAUUGUGGAUAUGGAUACAUGCUGCUGCCUUCAAUGAAGGUUUUGGUGUAAUAGAUAAUGCAUGUCAAAAACAGAUGCAUGAUUGUGGUGUAUAUGUCAGAUGCUUUACGCUUGAGGGGCAAAUUGCAAGAUUAGAAGUUAUGGGGUCCAAGGCAAUAAAAAUGAUAAAGAAGAUUCUACAUCCUGUGUCCCAGUCAUGUAGUAGUGCAGAUAAUUCUCUAUUAAAUCAAUCAAGUCUUACACCUUGCAGCAACUCACAAGUUCAGAAAUCUAUUCUCCUUUGCCAUGCGGAGAAACUUCCCUCCCAUGCAAUUUUAUCUUUAACAGUUCAUGAUCCACGAGAUUUGCCAUCUAGCAGAACUGAAGUUACAGAUAACGAGCUUUCUACCAUCCUUGAGGGUUAUUUUCAGGGAGAAGAUUCAUUGUGGUCAAGACCUGAAACCAAUGGCAUUUUCCUCUCUGAUAGUAUAAGUUUGUGGGAUUGCAGCAAUAACUUAAAUCCUCCUGUUCCAGAAAGCAUUAUUUGCAAAGAGAAGCAUGAUAGGCGCUUAAAGGACUUCUACCUUGAGCCUUCCAGUCAUGCAGGUGCAUCAACUGAAGUAAAAGAUUGUCCAAGCCGAACCUGCCCUAUUUUGCUCCUAAAACAUGCUGACUAUGGUAGCUACUGUAUGGGGUGGUCUAUUAUCCUACCACUCAGUUGGGUUAAGACAUUUUGGACUUUGUUGGUUUCGCAUGGGUGUCACGCAAUUGGCUUGAGAGAGAGGCGGUGGGUUGCAUCAAAUAGUGGCUUACCAUCUUUUCCAUUUGAUUUUCCUGAUUGCAAAGCGUACACAUCUUUCAUGGCUGAUGAAGCCGCUGCGUUCGAUACUGCAUCUGAGCUCCGUCCUCUUGCAGUGAGACCUUCAAGAGUUCCAAUACCUUCCCCAUGGAAUAGCAUAGUAUCUACAGUUAUUAAAGGACCAAACAUCUUAAGAGGUUUUAUGAUGAUGGAUGCUCAGAUUUCUUCUGGAAUAAUUCCUGAAAAUUCCAUUUUAGAUGUGGACUCCAAAGAUAAAGUUUCAUCACCUGAGCGUCAAGCUGCUGUAGUAUUUCCAGGUUUUAUAGCAAGAACAUCCAAAGUCUUGGACUGGUAUUUGAAAAAGCUUGGUUGCAGAAACUUGCUUAUAUUACCUGACGAACAAAUAGCGGAAAACAGUACACUUGAUUGGGUCAAAAUUAGUGCCAAUGUGAUGCAUGCUGACAGCAAACUUUGCUUUGUAAGAGUUAUGCUUCAUGCAUAUAAGGAGGGUGUUUUUGAAGAUGGGGCAAUCGUUUGUGCACCAAAUUUGACAGACCUAUCACGAUGGACAUCCAGAUCAGAGGGAGAGGAGGAUCUUGAAGAACUUCAAGUUCCUCAAUCUUUUGUAAAAUCCUGUUUCACAGAGCAAAAUUCUGGCAAAUGGGAGCUGCAAGAUUGUGAAGACUCUUUGGCCUUGCAGACAUUUAGGUGGCCCAUUGGAUUUGUUACAACUGGGUUUGUUCGUGGGAGUUCCAAGCCAGUGGCAGAAGCUUUUUGUGAAGCAAGGCUUCUUGCAAUGCUGAGAGGACAACAAUCAUGCGAUACUCAAACAGCAGAGGCUGAGAUUUUUGUGUUCGUCAGAAAUAUGAGAUCCACUGCUUACCGACGAGCCCUGGCUACAAUUGUUCUGGAACAGCAGAAUGAUGACUUGGAGUUUAUGUGAAUUGAACACCGGAGUUACAUUCCUGUGAAUAAAGUUCUCACUGCCUUAAACAGAACCUUGUUUGAGGAGGAGCAAAAAGUUCAGUUGGCUAAUUGGGCGGUGCUCUUAGAUUGCAGGUUUGCUGUAAGCUUCGACCGUAAAUCAUGGAAAUGAAUAAUGGAUCAAUCUUUGAUGACUAAGUUAUUGUUAAUAUUUGAGAAAUUACUUAAUUGUUUUUGGUCAAAGGAUGGGGAGAGCUUCAAAAUUGAUGAUUUGAUCUGUAAAUUUUUUUUGGCAAAAUAAAUUAUUAUCAUUUAUUGAA